CCGGAUGGAAUCAGUUUGUCGCAGUGGUUGAGGAGUCAGGUUCUAGGCGGAGGAGGGGGAACAAGGAGGAGGAUGUUGGAUGAAGACCACGUCGCGGAGGACAUUGCUGAGGGUGCAAGCGCGGGAAAAGGCGAUGGUGGAGGAUCAUUAUCAGCAAUGGGGAGAUCAUUGGACUUCGGUGGAG